CGGAGUCAUCACUAUGCGACAAGUCGGUGUGAUGACGUCGACACUAAUCGCCAAUUAUCCGUGUCAAAUUAAAAGUCCUGUCAGAAAUCGGAUGUUUUCCCUUUGGGGGAAAUAUUCCGCUGCUCGUUGCCGACACUGAAAUCUCGUUGGUUUUAUCCUGCCCCAUAAAUAUAUAUAUCUUUUUUGACACAAAACGAUAUAAUAGGAACUUUGUAAACAAACAGUAGUUUUUUGUUUUGGUGCUCUCCGUUGUAUUUUUAACUUGUUGACGUCGAGGCGCCGCGGGUGAGGUGAGGAUUCAACUCCGUAGUCCUUCCGAUGUCCACGGCUGCUGGGACUCGACUGGACCGGGGGCGUUUUCCUAUCUGAUGCAGCCAGGUGAGCUGCAGACUGUGAGCGGAUGAAUGCUAAACCCAGCAAGUUUACCACCAACAGGACUCCAUGUCUUUCUUGGGCAUGUCUCACCUGUGCUCCUCCCUCCCCUCCACCAGGACUGUUCCUGCAUCUCCCACGCUCAGGUCCAGCCCUUGGACAUAGAGGAGCGCUAUGAAGACACCAGCCACCAGUUCCUGAGCUGUGACAGUUCUGAAUACACUCUGCACACGCCAACGGGUGGCGAUGACAUCACAGGGCUGUCGGCUGAGCCCUCCCACUACCAGCUACUGUCUGAGCUGGGUCGGGGCUUCAAUUACCUGAGCCAGGUGAGCAUGGCCCGGCACGUCCCCACUGGGCAGCUGGUGGCCGUCAAACAAACCAACCUGGACGAGUGCACCGAAGAGGAGCUGCUGCAGCUCAUGAACGAGGUGCUGCUGUCCAGGCUUUUCCGUCACGCCAACCUCUUGACCUCGCGCCUGGUCUUCAGCUCCUGCUGUCAGCUGUGGGUCCUCACGCCGCUCAUGGCCUAUGGCUCUGCGGACACUUUGCUGAGGACAUAUUUCCCAGAUGGAAUGAGUGAAUCCCUGAUAGCUUACCUGCUGUACGGCGCGCUGAAGGCGCUGGAAUACCUACACCGGAUGGGCUACGUUCACCGGGGGGUAAAGGCCAGUCACAUCCUGCUGUCGGGGGAGGGCCAUGUUUACCUCUCGGGGCUCCACAGUGUUUACAGUAUGAUGCGCGAGGGGAAGAGGAUGCGGGCGGUGUUCGACAUGCCCCACCACAGCCCCGCCCUGCUGCCCUGGCUCAGCCCCGAACUGCUGCGACAGGACCUGCACGGUUACGGAGUUAAGUCAGACAUCUACAGUUUAGGUAUCGUGGCCUGUGAGCUGGUCAGUGGCCGGGUGCCUUUUCAGGACAUGCCACCCACUCAGAUGCUACUCCAGAAGCUGCGCGGCUCCCACUGCUGCCUGCUGGACGUGGCCCCCUUCCCGCUGGGCGAGUUGGGGGGGCUGAAGGUGUCACGCUCUGGCGUGGACUCCGGCAUCGGGGAGAGCGUGGCCACCGGAAGCCUGACGCACAGCGCCACUGCUCCUCCCACCGACCGACCCCAGAGCCCCGCACCUAAAAACCACUCAGCCACGCUGCACAACCUGGUGCAGCUGUGUCUGCAGCAGCAGCCUGAGCGCAGACCGUCGGCAUCUGCACUGUUGACUCACGCCUUCUUCAAGCAGGUGAAAAGGCACACAGCCAGAGACUCCUUCCUCAGCCUCAUGUACCCAGCAGUGCCCCUCACCAGCCCGGAGGACCCUCCGGUGUCCUGCCCCCCCGGUGCGUCCUGCCAUGCUCCCCCUGCCCCGAGCGCCGCCGACACUCCCGAUGCCGUGUGGGACUUCUCCUAACAACCCGCCCUCUCUCCGAUCUCUCCCCCAAAAACCCAGAGGGGGUUAGCAAGCCAAACACAAGACAGUCCAAAAAAAAAAAAAAGAACAAAAGCAAUGAGGCCACAUUCUACUGUGCUUUUAUUUUUCAUUGUUAUCAUUAUCAACCCAACUCACUGAGCCUUUUUUAAAGUAGUUUUGUAGAUUUUUUAAAUUUGUUUUUCAUUUAAUGCCUAUGUGAACUUUGGUUGUCGGCAAGGUCACUGUGAACGUGCUGGAUUCAAGAAGCUGCUCUGGUCCUCAUAAUAAUAAUAAUAAUAAUAAUAAGGGAUUAUCAAUGAGAUUUAUCAGUUGACUACUAUCCACACGAUUUAAAGAAGUCACGACAAAUAUACUUCACUGUUUUUUUCAUAUUUCCACAGAUAAGUCAUUUGUUCGGUGACUACUGUCCCUGUGGACGACCUCUGAACUCAGCCUCUGAACUAAAUACGUGAACGCACCAGAUACUGUAGGUGUUGACAGAAUAAUCACUACGGCGGAUUUUUUUUACCCUUGUACAAGUUCUGUGUUCUGACUGUGAACGGUGGAUACUGCGCUACAGAAAAAGAGAUUUACUACACUUAUGUCCAUAUAAAUAUAUAUAUUUAUCCAUCUGUAUCAGAGCGUCCCUCCUUGUACUGUAGUAUAGGAAUCGUUGUUACAAGUUUUCUUGAGAAUCUCCAGGUUAUGGUCGGUACAUUCAUGAUUACAUUGAACUAGGUAAUCUGGCGUCACCCCGUUAUGGGGACUGUGUUUCUAAAACAGUGUAUAAAUAUGCUCCAAAUCAAUAUUUGUGUUGAUUGUUCUAUAGUAUUCUGGAUAUUUGAAUCAUAAUUGAACUAUCCGCCUCUUUGUCCAGAUCUGCACCAAAAUUUUACGGGUUCUUUCUUGGUCCGUGCCCAAUCCUUCCACCGAGAUUCGUGGAAAUCUAUAUUGUAGUCUUUGCAUAAUCCUGCUGAUAACAAAACAGACAGGGGUAAAAACAUAACCUCCUCUGCAGAGGUAACUAAAGUAAAGUCGACACUCACCGCCUUCCCAGAUCACUACGCUCCCAAAACUGACCACGUUCAUGUGUAAAUACUAUUUUGCUGUUUGUUUGAACAUACAUGCACAUUGUGUGUUCUCGUAUUACUGGCCCGAGCAAUAGAAUAUGUGUCGUGUUGGGAACUGUCAGUAGAUGAAAACCACCACUGUCCUAAUCAUCAGUGACACGGCAGAAAGAAGAGAGUAUUUCUGCCGCGCUCUGUGAUCACUCUCACAACAAAGCCUUCCUGAUUUUUCUGAAACCCGAUUUCUGAACAUGGUGAUUGAUCUGUAACUGUGAUUAACUGUACUGUGUAUAGGAACUGUGAUUUUGCAGUACAUAUCAAACAUGGUAACUGUAUGAGCCUGAUAUAUAUAUAUAUAUAUAUAUAUAUAUAUAUAUAUAUAUAUAUAUAUACACACAUAUUAUAAAUGAUAUAUAUGUAUCUACAAAAUUUGAUUUCUAAACUUU